AGAGGGCAGGCCCAGGGGCCGCCUUCCUCUCCAGGACGAAGUCCCGUUUGCAGAGAACGCAGAGUAACGGGGCAGCCGGCGGUCGUUCGGGAUCCCUAGCGGGGAGGAAGCUUGACGGAGUACAUCUUGCAAGAAUACAGAAGCCGAAAUGUCUUUGCUGAGGGGUAAAGUCCAGACUGUAUUAGGUCUUAUGGAGCCUAGUCAACUUGGCAGAACUAUGACCCAUGAGCACUUGACAAUGAACUUCAGUUGCUGUUACUACCCACCUCCUUUGGGACAAGAAGUACUAUCAGAAAAGCCUAUUGAGAUGAAGAACUUGUUUUGGCUUAAACAGAAUCCCUACAGCCACAAAGAAAAUCUUCUCCUGUGUCAAGAGAUAAAUGCUGUGAGGGAAGAGCUGUUGCAUUACAAGGCAGCAGGUGGGGGAACCAUAGUGGAAAAUACAACCACUGGGAUCCACCGAGAUGUGAAGACCCUGAAGCAGCUUGCUGAGGAAACUGGAGUCCAUAUUAUUGCUGGAGCUGGUUUUUAUGUGGGUGCCACCCAUUCUCCCGAGAUGCAGGCUAUGUCUGUGGAGCAGUUGACAGAGAUUAUUGUUAAUGAAGUUCUCAAUGGAGCAGAUGGAACCAACAUCAAGUGUGGUGUUAUAGGAGAAAUUGGGUGCUCUUGGCCUCUGACGGAAAGUGAAAAUAAAGUACUUCAGGCUACAGCACAUGCUCAGUCCCAUCUUGGUUGUCCUGUCAUAAUUCAUCCUGGCAGAAAUAGUAAUUCACCUUUUCAGAUCAUUCGAAUUUUUCAGGAAGCUGGGGGUGAUAUCUCAAAAACUGUAAUGUCUCACCUUGACAGGACUAUAUUUGAUGAGAAGAAGCUUUUGGAGUUUGCUCAACUUGGAUGCUACUUGGAGUAUGACCUUUUUGGAACAGAAUUCAUUUUCUACCAAAUGAGUCCUGAUAUUGACAUGCCAAGUGACAAUGAAAGAAUUCUAAGGGUUCGGAUGUUGAUUGAUGAAGGCUAUGAAGACAAACUUUUAAUUGCUCAAGACAUACACACAAAGAAUAGAUUAAAGAAAUAUGGAGGUCAUGGAUAUUCCCAUAUACUUGAAAACAUAGUCCCAAAAAUGCUUGUUAGAGGCAUAUCUCAAAAUAAAAUAGAUAAACUGUUGAUAGCAAAUCCAAAACAGUGGUUGACCUUUAAAUAGGGAAAUUUAAAAUAAUGAGUUUUGCUUCAGUUAAUGUUUGAAAUCCUGGCCAGCAUAGUUAGUGGUGAAGACUUCUGGAAGUUUAGUCCAAGAACAUCUGGGUAUGCAAGAUUGGUAACCACUGACCUAGAAGUUCAAGAUCUGUUCCCUUUUAAAUGUACAUAGUAUUGCUACUUAGGAGUGCCGCUUAAUAGUGCAGCCAUGUCAGAGUAUAUAAAGAUAAAUAAUUUUUAGCAAAAUAACAAUAAUAAAAAUCAGAUAUUGUAGAUUUAAUGCUUUAUUACUAAUUUUAAUGUUUAAAUACUUCCCCUCCCUUUUAAAAAAAUCCUUUGUGACAAUUUUGUUUGUUGUCUGCCGUCAAGUUGCAUCUGACUUUAAAGUUGCUCUAAAGUAUGUGAGCUAUUUAAGGAGUUGCUUUCCCAGUGCCAGUAUCCAUAGCCAAGUUGGGAUUUGAGUCCAGGUCUUCUGAGUCCUAGAUUGUCCUCUGUCUGGUAUAAAACAUGGUGACAAAUUUAAAUUAGAAUGUGUUGUAGCUCAGAGAUCUCAUUGUAAAUGCAAAUUAUAGAUUCUAAUUCUGUAUUAUGAAACAGUACCAAAAUCCUCUUCCUUAGCGCACAGUAAAUCUCACUGAGGUAGGCCCAUUGUAUCAGUGGAGAUCUGAUGAGUUAACUCUUCCAUAAAUUCCAUGGAUUCAAAUGGGCUUACUCUUAACUGCAACUUCCUUUAGCAUAAUAUGUGAAUAGUUAGAAUAGACCUAUUUGAAUCUAUGAAACAUAUUGAGUUGAUUCUUUAAGAGUCCCAUUGAUACAGCGGGCCUACUCCGGUGUGAUUUGCUAUGCUGAACAACAGGAUUUUGGCCAUUUAAAAAAAUAUCGGAAUGGGAUUCAGGUUUUGGAUUGUGGCUUCAAUUUUAUGUGGUUCUGCAGGGUUUUGUGUAAGUUAUUUAGGUUAUAGAAACCAUCAGAAAAAAAUGCUUCUCAAACUGUCUUCAGAUAACAUACAGUGGACCCUCGACUUACAG